AUCAAUUUUUGAUUUUUUCGAUUUUUUUUUCCUUAGCCGUAGUAUGGGGUACAUCAAACUGUUUUUAGAUUGAUUCUUGCGUUUCCGCGUGAUGAGUUGGCCUUGAUUUGACGAUUCCUAGCCAAUCAAGCCAGGAUCCGUCACUUUCAACAUUCUCUUUCUCCCUCGGUAUAAUCCAAGUUGUUCCAAUUAAAAUUUAUUUAGACUUUUAUCAAGUUGACUUGAACGGAAAUUAUACUAUUAUUAUAUACAUACAAUAUUUUUCCUUUAUCCCUCCUUUACUCGUUUUCUUUGCGAAUAUGCAGAUCCUUCAAUUCCUGUCAUAUUUCCUUAUUGUUUCCCAGUUUUUCCAUUUCUCCCAUGCUGAUGUUGGCACUGCUGCCCAGUACAGCCCCCCAUAUUUACCGACGGCGUGCUAUGGUGAUGAUCAGAGCCAGUUUCCAUCAAGCAAUUUGUUCGCAGCAGCUGGAGAUGGGAUAUGGGACAAUGGAGCAUCAUGCGGAAGACAAUACCUGGUGAGGUGCAUCAGUGCUUCACAGCCUGGGACUUGUGCUCCUGACCAGACUAUCCAGGUCAAGAUUGUUGAUUAUGCUCCUACUGCACUGUCUUCAUCUUCAGCUCAAUCCGCCACCAUUGUCCUAUCCGAGACUGCGUUUGGUGCAGUUGCCAAUAUAGCUGUUGACUCCAUCAACAUAGAAUUCCAACAGUAAGUAAUUUCAUCUUCUUAAUAUCAUGCAUUUACUCUCAUUAAUUGUUAAUUUCCUUUCCUUUUUCCACAUAUUCAAAGUACGAAGCUUUUUUGAUUCUUCAUGCAGGGUCUAAGUCUCUCAGAAAUUCGAUAUCCCGCCCUGCACUCAAGGAAGAGGAAAGAAGAAACAUGAUCUCUAAAUCUUUAUGGAUACUAUUUUCUGCCUAUCAUGUUUAAACGGAACACUAUAUGAUUGGUUGUUUGAGAAUGAGAUUCUUUUCUUUUGUCA